AUGCGGCCGUCUUUGUCGCUCCUUUUACAAUCCCUCGCCCUGCGCUUGGCAGUGGUUAACGGCCAGGCUUUGGCGACAGUAACCUACGGACCCGGUGGGCCAUGCUCGGCACCUCUUGUCACCAGUGUUAUUGUACAGCCAGUCUACUACAGCUCUUUUUUUCAAUCUGCGUCGCAGAUUGUGAACAUCUUCGGCAAUGGGGAAACGAUCACCAUCGGCAAUGCUCCGACGACGUACAUCCAAAACACAUAUAUCACAACAACCAUAGUCUCUACCGUCACAACCAUGAUCAAUCCUUCCUCGUUGAGCUCUUCGGUCUCGGGGACCUCAUCCACCACCACUUCCGGAAGUGAUAUCGGGCCCGUCACCACCAGUGCGCUCAGUUCUUCCAGUGGUUCGACUUCGUUGUCGAGCAUUACUCCUACCCCAAGCUCGAUUACGACGACAAUGUCUGGCUAUCCUACUGCUCCACCCACAAUAUACAGCACUGUCGCGCCUCCCAUCACGAUACCUACACCGCAACCCGUCUUACUCUCUACCUCCGUUGAUUCGCAGGGGAAUACAGUGACUGUCACAGUCACCCAACCAACAUUUACCUUGGGUGAAGGUCUCCAGAGUGGGGUGCAAACCAAGAUACCGGCAACAUCACCAGUCCUGGUCGGCAUCGCUUUCGGUGGCCCAGGUGCCAAAGUAAAGAGACAGGCUCCAACUGCUGCUCCCAGCUCGACCUUGGAUGGGCCUCAGCCGGCAGGAUUGCUCCAAGGGGAUGAUGGAGGAUCUGGUAACAACUGCGGCUUCGCAACCAGGUGGUAUCUGUCAGAGGGUAUGCUGCUCGCGGGCAAUGACUCUGUCGGGCGCAAUUUCAGCGACUUCUACGCCCGAAUAACUCCUCAACCAUGGGUCAACGACGUGGACACCACUUUCUACUUCAAUGAUGGUAUCCUUGGCUGGAACAGCUCAGAUCAGGGACCGGCGACCUUCUAUCAAUGUGGCGACUCUCUGGUGUACGCUGGGUUUCCGUAUCCUCCACGAGAGGACUGCUAUGUCGUAACAUUGGGUGGUAUAGCAGCUGCAGCGUGUCCUGUAGACUAUACGGAUUCAGCUGUUGAGACGUCUACAACGACAACAUCGGAUAGUCCCGAAAGUACCACGACCUUGUCUGUUCCGGAUACAACGACGACAUCUGAUAUUACCACCACCUCGGAUAUGCCAAGCUCGGCGUUGACAACAACUGCUGGAGUUUCUUCCGUAGACUCCACGACCACGUCCCCUAUUGCACCACCAACCAGCUCUCCUACGCCGACUUCGUCUCCGGUGCCUGCUUCAACCUCCAGCUCUCCUUCGCUCGUGCCGACCAGCUCGACGACGACCCACACAAGCACUGCAGCUUCGGUCCUGACAACGGCUUCAACCAGUAACACAGCUGCUUCCCCAGUGUCAACCUCUCCGACGUCUCUGGUGCUUCCCACGACAAGCACAACGUCGAUCGCAGGUGCCUCCGUGGUGACCAGCACUUCCUCAACAACCUCCACCCUGCAGAGUACCAGCGCGAGCACCAGCAGAGUCUCCUCCACUUCUACUGGAGGAACAAGUGAGACGUCCAGUUCAUCGGUAGUGGUUGGGACGACGAGCACAACGUCUUCGUCCGGAAGUCAGACUAGCCCUGCGUCGUCAUCCUCAUCUGGAACGAGCAACGGACCUGCUGGUGUAUCAAGCACUACUUCAGUGGUUGGCCAGAGUACGAGUUCGACGACUCAAGGUUUGACGAGCUCUGUCUCGACUACUUCAGCAGGUAUGUGGUUCGACAACGAGUACCGUAUCAUCCACGUCUCUGGUGGCAACUACAUCGUCGACGACAACCUCAACAUUGAGCUCCUCGUCGUUGGCGCCGGAGGCAGGGUCUUCGAGCAGCUCCACUACGACCACGACGCAAUCCACAACAACGUCUCCAAGUGUGUCUUCGUCCUCCACUACUGGCUCAUCAACUAG